CUGAUUUCCUCUUAACUGCGCCUCUUUCCAAGCAACCUCUGCUUUCUUCCACUUCAUCAACAACGCCAACUUAACAAUACAUCUUCCCUCCUUCAUAAAUCCGCUAAGAAGAGAAGACUACAGAGUUGCUUCACCUUCAAAUUUUUUAAUUUUAUUCUUUUCGGUUGCAUCCAACUUCGUCAGCCGUACCGCCUUGUCGCCGCCUGCCAGCCCGCGAGACAAUAUUUUUCUACCAUCAUCUCUUCCACCCACCCACCAACUAUUUCCCGCCAUCUUAUCCCUUGUGCAACGCGCAUACGGUUACUAUUCAUCUCUGCCACCGCCAAAUCAUCAAGAAUUCAUCAUCGCUGUUUAUUAACAGCCGUUCUUUCGUAAGCCGUUGCGCUCGCAUCGCCAUAUCCGUUAGGCCAAUUUUACCUGUAGCCUGACCCUUUCGACGCGAAUAUCCCUCGCGUCGUUUUCCUGAUCACAUAUAACCACCUCGUAAUCAGUCUUAAUCAACCAUAAUCACCAUGUCUGGAAAGCUCGAUCAGUCUCUGGACGAAAUCGUCUCUACCCAGCGCCGCGUUGUCGGUAAAGGUCGCCAAAACCCCCGCCGAUCUACAAGACGACCUGCUACAACUGCCCCUGUUGGUGGCGUUCAAAAGACUUCGAGGCAGCCUCGCGCCGCAGCGGCUAAGCAAAUUCCUGCUAAGGCAACCGGCAGUGGAGAGAGUAAAGUGGUUGUCAGCAACCUACCCAAAGAUGUGAACGAAGGCCAAAUUAAGGAGUAUUUUGCGACCUCAGUUGGACCUAUCAAGCGAGUGGAGCUUUCUUACGGCCCAAACAGCGUAAGCCGUGGCAUCGCUACAGUUACCUUUGCCAAACCCGAUGGCGCCAGCAAGGCUUUCAACGCCCUAAACGGUCUUCUUGUUGAUAACCGACCGAUCAAGAUCGAGAUUGUCGUUAGCGCCGCCAAAGCUGCAGAGAUAGCACCUCCCGCGAAGACUUUGACCGAGCGCAUCACCCAGCCUAAGGCCCAGCCCAAGUCUGCGGCAAAUGAUAAGAAGGAAGCGGCUUCAAAGGCUGCAGGUGCUGGUACUCGUGGUCGUAAGCGCCGUGGACCCCGCAACAGCCGCCCAGCCAAGAAGACAGCUGAGGAGCUCGAUUCCGAGAUGGCGGAUUACUUUGAAGCUAGCAACCAGAAUGAGAACGCCAACGGCGCUGCACCUGCUGCCACCAGCGGUGACGCCCCAAUGGAGGAUGAAAUUCUAGUACGUAUACUUGCAACUCCAUUUCGCAUACCCACUAACCAGCGUAUAGUGAGUGGAUGGUUUAGACCUGGAUUAACUUACUCGGAAUGGUGGUAUUCUGCAUCAACAUCUCCUUCCAUCGCUUGUACUGUAGCUUGACUUGAUUUCAUAUUUUUUUUUGCCUUUGACGUUUAGCAGUGGUACCGGGAAAGGGGCUUGCGUUUAUGAGGUCCGCGGGGGCUCAGUCACCAAUGAAAAUGCGCGAUAGGGUUCAGGUAGUAAUUCGAGAAGAGGAUACACGAUUCUGCUACUGAGUUUCGAGUCUUCAUAAUGUGUACGAUAUAUAAGACGAGCAAGUUCUCAUAUCGGUGAAUAGACAGUGCUAUUGCUAUGACUAGUCUGUUUUACUUCGCAUAGACAAUAUGGUAAAUACAUGCAUAAUCGAGU